UCAGAGACCGACAUACUACAAGAGAGACAUACUACAAGAGACGGUCAGAGACUGCAGACACGAUAGAAGAGACGGUCAGAGAAUGCAGACACGAUACAGGAGACGGAGAUGGUCAGAGACUGCGGACAGGAUACAGGAGAUGGUCAGAGACUGCAGACAGGAUACAGGAGAUGGUCAGAGACUGCAGACAGGAUACAGGAGAUGGUCAGAGACUGCAGACAGGAUACAGGAGAUGGUCAGAGACUGCAGACAGGAUACAGGAGAUGGUCAGAGACUGCAGACAGGAUACAGGAGAUGGUCAGAGACUGCAGACAGGAUACAGGAG